AAAGAUUUUAACAGCAAGGAGAUCAGAGCUUACACUCUCAAGAGAUGAGAGAUGUGAAUGAGUGCAUUGAUAUAUACUGAUGGUUGUGUUUUGAUAUGUGUUGAGUUGAAGGAAUAAGCAAGAUCCCAUCACAUUUAUGUGUAGCAGCCAAUAAAAAUGCCCCCCUCUUGCAUGACACAGGAAAACUCAUAAUUUUUCAUUUUACAGUCAAAUUUCUUUAUUCUAUGAUACUGGAAACCAACAGUAGGUCAAAAGCUCAGAAGGCUCUGUGCUUUAAAUGAAUCUCUAUUUCUACUUUAGGCUUAUCAACCUGGCACAUCCCAGGCCUAUGCUAAACUUUUCUCUAAUUUUUACAUUAGUAGCACACAAUAUAUGGACAGAAUAUAGUGAAUUUCGCGUCAGGAGGGCCAUAUUCCUAUUCAAAUUGCUCUGGAAAGUGAUUGAUAAGAUAUAAUAGAACUUUCCAGAUCAUCUGUUGUCAAACAAAGAUUGAGAUUUUGAUUAUAGUUUGGACUUUGAUUGAUUACUCGUUAGGACUGACAUCAAUUCCCAUAUCAACAGUCAAAAUUUCCCAGCUACAGAAUUAAAGUAUUUGUGGAUAAAGCCUCAAUCAGGGAUUUGAGUGUCCUUUAUGUAAAGCUACAAUCUUGACUGGUGCCUAAAUUUGCAGUUCUCACAAAUUUUAGUUAUUAGAACUUCUUUGUUUUGCAUUUAUAUUAUUUGUAUCUGUUGUGUUUUUAUAGAUUUAUUUUGUACUCGGGAAAAAUUUGCCACAAAGAAGUUAGGAGCUUCUGGUUUGACAUUUGCUGUUUUGGGCAGCUAAUUUGUAACAGUUGACAGAAAAAUCUCAUAUUCCUGUGUGGUCAGAGAUGGCGUUGGCCAAUCUACAAGUGUUGCUCACACACUGACCAUGGGCCAAGAACUCAGCCAGGGAAGAAGAAGACUGGCAUUUAAUCAAAGCCACCUAUUUGUGCCACGUCAUCUACCAGGUGUAGAAGCAAAGGAUAUUUAGUGUUUACUUUCUGUAAAUACAAAAAAUGGUGAGAGAACGCAAAUUCACAAAUGCCCUAAUGGACCGUAUCCUAAGUCACUGUCUAGUAGCAUGACAUCCUGAGUGUGCUACCAAAUUAUCUGUUCUCAUCUCUUCUUCUCUACUACAUGGUAUAACUAUCCAUUUACAUUUGGAAAAUAAGAAAAAGAAAAAUGCUUCAGCUCAUUCUGAUGAGUUGUCUGCAAGCAUGUCGGAAAGUCUAAUCUUGAAAACAAGGACAAAUUUGAUAUUCAAUCCUCUUAUAUUAACCUGUACUAAGUGGCAAAUGAUGUUUGCAAAUAAAAGCCUUAGCCACCAACCACUUGGCUAGCCAGAUACACUCUGAGUGAAGCAACAUAUUGAUGUGGGUAUAAUGGGGCAUGUAAUAUUGCUUUAUCAAGACUUUGCUUCUGUGGUUGACUUCCCACAUCUUGCAAAGAUCUUUGCAAGAAACCACAUUCAGAAACAUCAUAUAGACAUGGUUGAAUGCCUCAAGUCUUGGUUAAUGAAUAACUUUCUUUUAAAUUGGCUUAUUGCUGGUCUCACAGGCUUUCUAUUUUGGUUCUCCUCAGUCUCUCUAAAAUUUCAGGGAAAAACUCUGAGUCUCAAAAUGCCUAUGAGCAAGAAUAAGCUGAUUUUACUAAUUGGAAUGAUCUGUUUGGAACAAGGGAAAUCUGCAACUCUGUCUCUCCCCAAAGCUCCCACUUGUGGGCAGAGUUUGGUGAAGGCACGGCCUCAGAAUUACUUUAACAUUUUCAGUCGCAUUGUUGGGGGAAGCCAAGUGGAAAAGGGUUCCUACCCCUGGCAGGUGUCACUGAAACGAAGGCAGAAGCAUAUCUGUGGUGGGACCAUCAUCUCUCCACAGUGGGUGAUUACAGCUGCUCACUGCGUUGCAAACAGAAAUAUUGCAUUAACUUUGAAUGUUACUGCUGGAGAAUAUGACUUGAACCACACAGAGCCAGGAGAGCAAACUCUCACCAUUGAAACCAUCAUUGUACACCCACAUUUCUCCACCAAGAAACCAAUGGACUACGAUAUUGCUCUUUUGAAGAUGACUGGAGCCUUCAAUUUCGGCCAGUUUGUGCGGCCCGUGUGUCUUCCAGAACCAGGGGAACGAUUUGAGGCUGGAUUUAUUUGUACAACUGCAGGCUGGGGCCGCUUGACUGAAGACGGCAUCCUCUCGCAAGUCUUGCAGGAAGUGAACUUGCCCAUUUUGACCCAGGAGGAGUGUGUGGCAGCUCUGUUAACCCUAAAGAAACCCAUCAGUGGGCAGACCUUUCUCUGCACAGGCUUUCCAGAUGGAGGGAGAGAUGCUUGUCAGGGCGAUUCAGGAGGUUCCCUCAUGUGUCGAAAUAAGAAAGGGGCUUGGACUCUGGCUGGUGUGACUUCCUGGGGUUUGGGCUGUGGUCGAGGCUGGAGAAACAAUGUACAGAAAGAUGAUCAAGGAUCCCCUGGGAUCUUCACAGACCUUAGUAAAGUGCUUCCCUGGGUCCACAAACACGUCCAAAUUGGGAAGCGGAGAAAGAUCUCCAGAGCCUCAUGCAGUGAGCAGGAUCAUGUGGUCAGCAAUUCUGAGGGGCAGCUGCACUUUCCAGAAACCUCCUACCUAUAUUAUGAAAGCAAGCAACUGUGUGUCUGGACGCUGCUGGUACCAGAGGCAAUGCAUGUGUUACUCAUCUUUUCCCAUUUGGAUGCAGAGUCCUGUUACCACAAUCACCUGUCAAUAUAUUCUUUAGAAGACAGACUUAUUGGGAAAUUCUGUGGAGAAAGCCUCACUUCAUCAGUUCUCAUUGGCGCCAACUCUAUCAGGCUGAAGUUCAGCUCUGACGCCACAGAUUACGCCGCUGGGUUUAAUCUCACCUAUAAAGCUCUUAAACCAAACUACCUUCCUGAUUCAGGUUGCAGUUCCUUAACUGUCCUUUUUGAAGAAGGCCUCAUACAGAGUCUUCACUAUCCUGAGGACUACACUAACAUGGCCGACUGCAACUGGAUUUUUCAAGCCCCCAAACAUUACCUAAUUAAGCUUUCCUUUCAGAGCCUGGAAAUAGAAGAAAGUGGAGACUGCUCUUCCGACUUUGUGACAGUGCACAGGGAUGUAGAAGGGAAGACGGAAAUAGCUCGGUUGUGUGGCUUUGAUGCACCCGCCCCUGUGCUGAGCUCCUCCGGUGUAAUGCUCAUCAGUUUCCAGUCGGAUGGAAAUGUGACCUUCAGAGGCUUUCAGGCCACAGUCUCGUUCAUUCCUGAAAAAGAUUUAAACAUCUCCAGAUCAGAGGAUGAGUCAAUGUUUGUGGAGACACAGAAUGUACUAUCUGAAGAACCCAAUGCUUCUGGGGAAAUUUGGAUGCAGACAGAGACACACACGCAGGGAGAACAUCAUAUGAACAUGAAGCCAGAGAUCAGGUGAUGCAUCAUCUAUAAGCCAAGGAAUGCCAAAGAUUGCCAAUAAACUACCAGAAGCUAGGAGAGAGGCAUGGAGCAGAUUCUCCAUCACCACCCCCAGAAGGAAUCAACCCUACCAACACCUUGGUCUCAGACCUCUGGCCUCCGAAACUGUGAC